AUGCCUUCCCUCCAUAUUCCAGAGUCGGGCUUGUCGCUGGGUAGCUCUCCUGGAGCCUCCUCCGGCAAGGCUGGCGGCCCAGAUGUCCUCGGUCUCAGCUUGACCGAUUCUAUAAUCGAGGAGAUGAUUAAAUGCGUGCAGAAUGGCAAGGAGAUCCAAUUGUCGUUGGGGGAACACCCUUCUCUUCUCUACGGCACGAAAUCUCACCACCUCGUUGCAUCCCACGAUCCAUUUACGCACGAACUCUACCACACCACCAAUUCCUCCCAAUCAGACCCCGACUCGAGCGACGACGACGACGAAAUGUACGGAACCGUCAACGGAAUUAAGCUCCAACGAGCACCAAACAUCGAAUUCCUGGCCUCCAUGGGCUUCAAGUUAGACGUGACCAAGACAGCGCCCAAGCCAGCUUCUAAGCCCGCCGCGGCGCCAGCCUCCAAGUCAACCACCACCACCGAUGCUGCUCUCGCCCAGCUGACGGGCGCAUUGGCUUCCGAGCAGCAGAAGAAGCACGACAAUACUACUAAGGUCAUUGACUCGCUGAUGGUUCCGGGUCGCAAAGGCGGCUCCACCCAGAAGAUCACCAACAAGAGCAAGUUCCUGAACCAACAGCGAUCGCUGGCUACCAGCGCGACACGUUCCCUGCCAACCAGCCCGUCUCUGAACAGCGCCGGAUCUCCAUCUCUCGGUCCUGCCUCUGUCCCCCUCUCCCAGCAGAAUGCCGAGAAGUCGAAGGAAGCCCGCAAACCGGUCAUUCACCUCCUGGCCGUGGAACCACUUACCGAAAUGUCCCUUCGUGCGAAACUCCCUGAUCUUUCCGAGACGGAGCUCAAGAAUGCCUUGCAAAAGGUUGGCGACUUGAACGAGACAACCAGCAAGUGGGAACUGAGAAAAGGUUACUGGAAAGAACUUGAUGUGUGGACCUUCAGAUACUCCGGUGACGAACGUCAACGUGCGAUUGACAAUGCAGUGAAACAAUUCGAUAAAAUGAGAAUGGGAGUGUCCGAGCCGGAGUGGGAACGCCUCUUGGCGAAGUCGGAGCGAGGCACGGGCAAAUGUCUUAGCAAGCUUCAAGCCGACAUUGCAGCGAGAAACCUGGCGAGAACAUCCAAGGCGGGAGAUGCUUCUGGCAAAGACACACCGAACGGUGCCGAUGACGAUGUCCUUGACGACAAACAGCUCUCAAAGGUGAAGGGAGACGGCUCCGCUCGAUCCUCGUCCCAACCACCAAGCUCCAAGCCCAAGAAGCCCAGCGAGAAGGAGGCACAGGCGAAGCGACUGUUCUCCAACAAGCCUAGCAAGGCCGCCGCCAAACCCGCCCCCAAAGCUGAGCCCAAGGCAGCCGCCUCGAAGGCCACGUCGAAUGCUCCGGCGAAGUCGGCUCCCAAGGCCACGAAGAAGGCCGCGGCUCCCAAGGCGGGCACCAAGGCGGGCACCAAGGCCCUUUCUGCUGAAUACGUUGAGGAUUCUGACAAUGAUUCCCCACCCCGACCGGCACCUCCCACUUCGAAGGCUGCCCCAAAGCCAAGACCAGCCGUCAAGCGUCCGCGAGAGGAGGAUGAGCGUGCGACGAGCGAUUCUAGCCUCCCCUUGAGCAAGAAGGUCAAGAAAGACGUUCCGGCCGCUAGCUACCGAGUCUCUGACGCAAGUCAUACAUCCAGAGCCACUACCAACAGCUCGAACUCAUCCUACACGUCCACGAAGCACAAGUCGAAUUCGCCACCAAAGUCCUCGCCUCUCGCUUCAUCGCCACCAACCAAUGCUUCGGAUAUGGAUUCGGCCGGUGACCGAACCUCCUCGUCGGCUUCGCCAGCUCCCCGCAUCUCCACGAAGGAUUCGCGCUCGCCUAUCUACAAGCGACAUGGCAAGUCGUCGUCGGUGACGUCGUCCUCCAGCUCGGGUACCGCUCGUGUGAAGCCAGAGGCGAUCAACUUGGCCGCCAAGUACAAGCUCUUCUACCCGCGCUACGUUGAGCUGUUUGAGGAGGUGCUGGCGGAAGGUGACAACCGCACUCGCAGCAAGGAGCGCGACUUGUUGGACAUGCACGAGAGGCUUGAGGAUAUGCGAAGACAGAUCAUCGCGAUUGUGCACGAGAAUUGA